GCGGCAAGUCCUCCCUGUUUUUUUCCUUUCCCUCUUAAGCCUCCCACCAGCCCGCGUAAGGUACCUACAAUCUCAUUACCUAUCUGUCAUAUCAAUCUAUCAUCAUCACCACCACCACCGCCAUCAUCAAUACAAGCCUCAUCUUACCAACUUUUCCCAAUCCUGGCUACGUCACCGACCACCACCAUCACCAUCACCACCAACAACAACGACAACUUUUAACUAAUCUCUUUUUCUUAAAAGAAUUAUUGCAUCUUAAUCGCCUACCCUACGCGACAACCGCUUAUAUCAAUUCCCCGCGAAGCUCCAAGCUCCAAGCCUAUAACGCAACAAUGUCCGGUGCAAAUAGUUGGCUGCAGAGGCAGCGAAAGACUGAUUUGAUUGAGCUUGCCCAACACACGGGUCUCAGAAAUUUCGAGUCCUUAAGGAAACCUGAGCUCGAGCUUGCCCUCGACGAAUACCUGGCCGAGAACUCAUCAGCCUUCUCGUCCGACCCUAAGCUCGCCGGUUACUACUCUAGCCGCGCCCGAACUACCGGCUCUCCAGUCAAGAGGGAUGCUCCUGAUGGCGUCGUAGAAAGGCUGAAGGUCGCCAAACGACGAGUAACUAAAACUGCCGAGGAGAUCAUUGCUCCCGAGUCUGAUGAUGAGCCUAACAGCCCUGCCGCCGCUCUCGCACGUACUCCUGGUCGUGCCCUCUCUCUUGCAAGCCGCAUUCCACUCCCUGCAACUCCUGCAGACGUUGCCGAAGCUGUCGACCGCUCCACCGUUGCUGUCAGGACGCACGUCGUGUCUCUAUAUAAGGAGUCUGGGAUCACAGAAGCAACCCACGCGACGCGCGAGAGCCUGUCGACCGUGACUUCGGUGCUCUGCGCCAUCUCCGCAUUUGAGCUCUAUUUCUUACGUCCUGAGAUUUUGGCCGACCGAUACGCGUUCACUGUCCCCGCCAUCUCUUUCCUCGGAACUAAGGAUUUCCCAGUUUUUGUCCCUGACAUGUUCCUGCUCUUGACCUCGUCUUUCUGGUCUCCCGCGCUUCUAUGGGCUUUCACGAGCGCUAUUCUGCCUAGCAUUGCCGGCUACUUCUUCAACCUUACAAUCAACUCUAACCACGGUCGCCCUAGUCGCCGCUCGCACACACCGGAAUCGGUAGUGGACCCGUUGACUUUUAGUAUUGCCAAGGCUCUGAUCUCUUACGUGGUCUAUGGCCAAGGUAUCACAUUUGGUGGCUGGAUAGACGAAACUUCCAUCGCCCGCAUCAACACGGCUAUACACGGCGGCUAUAGGGGUAUCCUGACCGGCACUGCCAUCACCGCCGUCUUGAGCAUCUAUGACGCGAUACUAAGGAAGUAGAGGAAGAUGCACUCAAUUCAACUAUUGGAGACUAUGACAGUCGAAGAUUCCCGAACUCAACCCUACUUCUUGUUACUAUACAACGCUCGCUCCCAGUCUUAUCCUCUCAAAUACCGCCUCUACCAGGUUGGUUACCUACUUCAAAUUUCUCAUCCGGGUCCUGGAGGCUGGUGGCGUUCUGCGGCGUUUGGCUCCCUUUUGUCUUACACCCCAAUACCAGCUUGAUUUCCAACUCCCUCUUAAUGUACCUACCCUAACCUUAUCUACCCCUACCCACCGCUAUUCCAUUAUGCCGCUUUCCUCCUCCUCCCCCAAAACAGCCGGAGUACAUCCGACUGGCUCCCCUUCUCCCCCAGGUCGAGCCAAAAGUCAGGAUUAACCCUGUCUGACAAUUAUAGACUGGACUAGGUAUCAAUCGUCACGGAUGUCCGGGUUAACGACAAGGACGUC